AUGGGGACUCAAGCGCCCCCUUCACUUCUCAAAGCCCUCCCCCAAAAUCUCCUUAGCGAUAUCCUUGCUCGGGUUGCUGCAUCUUCAGUUCGAGAUCUAGCCCCUUGUUUAUUGGUCGCUCCAAUAAUCUCCUCAGCGGUCCAUGAUGAUCAUGUCAUCAAGAACCUGAACCUACGCAGGCAAGCCAUGAACUCUUUGGUGACGUUCUAUCAUUUCCAAAAAGUGAUGAAGAAAUCGAUCAAAAGUGAUCAUCCUGCUGCACAUUACGUGGAAGGAAUCAAGCAAUUCUUCAUCUACGACAACAGAAGCAAAGGGUUACUCCACCUAAAGAAGGCUUCUGAAGGGUCCUAUGACAAUGAUACCUAUCUCUAUGGUAUCCUAAAGUUGUGCAAGAGCUGGACUAACCAAGCCUGGAUCCAAGUCAAAAAAUCACUGAGAUUUGUUUUUGUCAUUAAGAAGCCAGAGUACACAGCUUCUUUGAGGAACAACCAACCUCCACUGAGUUGUCACAAUAAACGACAAGGACAACAUUUGUCCAAGCUGCUUCCACUACAAGAUGAUGCGCAAGUUCAUCGGAUUUGUGAGUCAAUAAAUCUGAAGACCAUAAAAAGAUAA